GUACUGCUAUGAGAGGAACCUGGCAGUGAACCCGCAGGGGGGUAACACAGGCCUUGUUGGGGGCAGCGUUCCUGUCUUUGAUGAGAUCAUUCUCUCCACUGUUCUCAUGAACCGGAUCAUCAGCUUUGACAAUGUGUCUGGAAUCCUUGUGUGCCAAGCUGGCUGCAUCUUAGAGAAACUCAACGAGUCCUUGGAGGAGCAGGGGUUUAUCAUGCCGCUUGACUUGGGAGCAAAAGGCAGCUGUCACAUCGGUGGUAAUGUGGCCACAAAUGCCGGCGGCUUGCGGCUCUUGAGAUACGGCUCUCUCCGAGGGACAGUGCUAGGACUGGAAGUGGUGCUGGCUGAUGGCUCAGCUCUGGACUGCUUGGCCUCUUUGCGCAAAGAUAACACUGGCUACGAUUUGAAGCAGCUCUUCAUUGGAUCUGAGGGGACCUUGGGAGUUAUCACUGCUGUCUCCAUACUCUGUCCUCAGAAACCUAGGGCUGUGAAUCUGGCAUUCCUAGGAUGUCAGAGUUUCUCCAAGAUUUUGGAAACAUUUACAACCUGCAGAGCCAUGCUGGGAGAGAUCCUGUCUGCCUAUGAGUUCAUGGAUGAGAAGUGCAUGGAAUUGGUUGAGGGACAUCUCAAGCUGUCCAGCCCAGUGGCAG